AUGGUGCCCUCCAAGUUGGUCAUCUUCCUCGCUGUGAACCUGGCUCUCCUCGCCUCCGUCGCGCACGCCUCCGCACCAUACUGCCCCACCCCCAGCCCACCGCCACCGUUGUUAACCUGCUCGAUUGACACUCUGGAGCUGAAAGUGUGCGCCAAUGUGUUGAACCUUCUCAAGCUCAACCUCCCCGUGCCGGAGAAUGAGGAGUGCUGCCCGCUGCUGUCCGGGCUCGCCAACCUCGAUGCCUCCGUCUGUCUCUGCACCGCCAUCAAGUCCGAGAUCCUCGGCAUCAAACUCAAUGUACUCGCCGACUUCACCCUCCUCCUUAACAAGUGCUGCAAAACCUUCCCCGACAACUAUACCUGCUCCAUCUGA